GGCCCCCCGGGCGUUCCUCUUUGCCCCUUCCCUUCCGCCUGCUGCCAGUGGCCUCGCGCUGCCAGCUGCAGCAGCUGUACCCUCCCAGAGUGGACCCUUGGGGGCUUUUGGGGGCCCCCAGUUUGGGGUCCCCGGGAGGCCCCCGGGGGGCCCCCCUGAGGGCUGAAGAGGCCCAGGAACUCCUCGCAGAUUACUUUUCUGUGCCCCGCGUGUUGGCCGUGGGAGACAUCUUUGCAGUACCCAGGGGGCCCCUCACUUACGGGGCCCCCUGCUGCACUUCGGGCUGCAGCAAGGGGGCCCCCCAGUACCCUGGGGGCCCCCCUGCUGGCUGCCCCUGCUGCCUCUCGCUGCACGAAGUAGAACAUGCUGAGGCCUUUGGCCUGGGGGCCCCCCGCUGUGCCUUUUUGUCUUCUCGAGUUCUUUGCAAAGCGAGCAAAAACCCGGACUUGGGGCCCCUCUUCGUUUGGGGCCCCCGGGGGCCCCCGGGGGCCCCCGCAGCGCAGCAAGACGGCGCAGCAGCAGCCACCUGGGGGGCCCCCGAGCGGCCCCCCAGGGGCCCCGCAGCCCCAGGGGGGGCCCCCCUGUCCCCCCCGCAGCUGACGCAAAGGCUGGGGAGGGGGGGCCCCUGCAGCAAUAGGGGGCCCCCCCUCUGCCACUGGGGCCCCUCAGACCCUGUUUUUGGCUGCGGCGGCGCAGAGUCCCUUCACCAAGUAGCCAUGGUCUUCAGAGUGGCAGCUUUGGAGGGCCUGGGGGGCCCCCAGGGGCCCCCCUUAGGGGCCCCUAAAGGGGCCCCCCAAGGGGCCCCCUUGGGGGCCCCUGCAGGGGCCUCCUCCUUGGGGGCCCCUGCAGGGGCUCCCGGCGGGGCCCCCCGGGGCCCCUCCCUGGGGGGCCCCCCCGAGGGGCCCCCAGGGGGGCCCCCCUCCCCUUUUCAGUGCAGAGUUGUAGUGAAAGGAGGGACAGAUUUGCUGCUGCAGGAGGCCCCAGGGCGGGGGGCCCCCCCCCCUUAUAUGAUGUUCCACGUCCUCAGGAGGGGCCCCCUCCCGGUGCUGCCGUCUUUGCGGGGCCCCCUGGACAGGCUACUGCGCUACGCCGUCACGCGGCUGCGCCUUGCUGCUGCUGCUGGAGACAGAGGCAGCGCCUUGCUUUGUGGGGCCGAGGGGUAA